UACGAUGCAAUCCGACAGGCUUUGUUCAAUGUUGAGCACUACGACAAGGUGUGCCUCGAAAAUAUGCUUCGAUCAGCUGGUGCUAUGCUUCUAUCGAGUUGGGGCUCCCAGAACUAUAAUCAGAUAGUGGCAUUCACACAUUGUGGCGUUGGCCUUGGAACGACAUCUCUGCAUAGCACAAUAUCCACAUUGAUAGCGCAGAAUGCAUCAAAAGCGGCGCCGACAUCAUCGACCAAUAUGCCAAAGCCACAGUUUCUGCAAAACGAAACGUCCAGCGAGAGUUGGAUUCCAUUUUCAGGUCUGAGCAAAUUGAGCUUCAUUUGUCUGGGCUCAACAGCUGAGCCAUACUUUCAAACGGCAAUCGAACUGUACCAGCAGCUUCUGGAUGUAAGCGGUCAGAAGGGACAACUGUUUGUUGCUCACGUUGAAUCCGAAGCCAGUAAAGUCAUUAAGAGUACAUACAAUGGAGACGCAGCAGCCUUUCCAACCACAUCACAAUGGAAGAAUGAAAUUAUCACGCGGCUCAUUGACGAAAUGUGCGAAAUUAACUAUAAACCAUUUGAAGCCAUUCUGAAUUGUGGCGAAUACCAUAAGCUCGAAUCACCAAUUGUCAUUUGGCCAUCGCCAAUGCCGUACGAUGAUGAGAGAGAACCACCAAAAAUGAUAUCACGAACUAUAACCGUGUGUGGGUUUCUCAAUUUAGCCGAUAUUGGUUCGCCAAUGUCGGUGAGUCGUCAUCUAAUACUGCCGAAUGAGAAUUUAACCACAGCUCGGCCACAAGGAACGACCGAUGCCGAAAAAUUGGAGAACGACAUCAAGUCGUUUUAUUCAAAAUCAGAAGAGGAUGACCGAUCCGACCAUAAUAAAUCCACCGAUGAGUCUGCUUGUGUGCUGCUACACGGUGCCUUGAAAUUUGAAAAUCUAGCGGCAGUUGUUGUUCUCAACGAUGACUGGUUUGGUUUUCUGCACUCAUAUUCAGACAGCAAACGAAAAUCAAAUAUCAUCUUAACGAUUUUACCACCAGGCAACGACAAUAUCCCAUGGUUGGGCGACUUUCGAUUCUUUGCCACGGCUGACGAAGCGUUACCGGGAGAAAAUUCCCAAUUUCCCAUCAAACCCGACAAGAGAAGUUAUUCACAGAAUUGCGUUGUCUGGAUCAAACAGGCUGGCUUGCAAUCGGACAUUCAGAAGUUAUUGCGACACGCCAAAAAGUUGCCAGAGAAAACCCAGCAAUUUUAUAAGGAGCUCAAUCGCAUCAGAAGAGCAGCACUUUCCUUGGGAUUUGUUGAACUAUUGGACGCGCUUUCAACAUUGUUUGAGCGAGAAGCAUUGUUACUACCUCAAAAUGUCAGUCCAGAUUGUGGCAUUCAAUUAAAACACUCGGCUAUUGAACUGCGGAAACUUUCGAAUCGAGACCUUAAAAUCUCCCUAUCACCUCAUCCAACAAAACACAAUCAUCUUAUGUAAUAAAAGUAGUGGAUUAAGUGCUCAUUUCAUUCAUGAAACUCUAUUUUUAAAUUAAAUAAAUCAAUUGACGAAAAAAAA